CGUCAGCCUGGGGCCGUUCUCGGUGUAGUUACUUACGAUAUUACUAUGUGUGUUAUAAUAGCGCAAUGUUGGACAUCGGCGGGCAGAGGGAGAAGAGGGGAGGAAAAGCCUGUUUACACAGACGGCAAAGCGCCUAGGGAAUAAUGCACGAGAGGAAGUGAGCCGGCUCUGUCUGCCUGCUCCAACUUCCUGCUCAGAAGAAGAAGAAGAAGAAAAAAAUCAGGAUCCCAUUACAGUUCAACAGAGCAGUUUAGACGACAGUAAGCAUGGAAAAUCAGAGGAUUUUAAUAAAUUGUUAUUAAAAGUAAACGGAAGAAAAUCACACACUAGACGUCUGGGUAUGGAGAGUGCCAUCACACUGUGGCAGUUCCUGCUGCAGCUACUGUUGGACCAGAACCACAAGCACUUGAUCUGCUGGACCUCCAACGAUGGGGAGUUCAAGCUGCUCAAGUCGGAGGAGGUGGCCAAGCUGUGGGGCCUACGCAAGAACAAGACCAACAUGAACUACGACAAACUCAGCAGGGCCCUGCGCUACUACUACGACAAGAACAUCAUCAAGAAGGUGAUUGGCCAGAAGUUUGUGUACAAGUUCGUGUCAUUCCCGGACAUACUAAAGAUGGACCCCCAGGCCGUGGAGAUGGGGCGGGACGGGGGCGGGGCCAUGCUCCAGGAGGCGGAGUCGCUGGGUCCCGACGGCGAGGAGGAGGACCCCUCCAAACUGCCGCUGUCGGCCCUCCGCUCCCCCGCCUGCCGCAACGACUACAUCCACUCGGGCCUGUACUCCUCCUUCACCGUCAGCUCGCUGCGGAACCAGCAGCACCUGCUGCGCGCCAUCAAGGUGGAGAAGCAGCGGACUGAGCGCGAAGACGAGGCGCGGACCGUCAUCCGCUUCGUGGCCAACCGGUCGGAGAAGAAGGGCGGGGCGCUGCCGGUGGUGUCCCUCCCGUCCUCCCCCCCGGCCUCGUCCUCGUCCUCGGCCGAGGUCUUCUUCGCCUCCUCCAGGCCGUCCCCGUCCCGCCGGCCCUCCGCCUCCUGCACCCCCUCCCCCUCCCCCUCCGGCAGCCCGGCGUUCGCCGUGGGCCGCGGGCGGAGCCCCGAGGCGGAGGCGGACGACCCGGAGCCGUGCGCUCAGCCGCUGAACCUGUCGGCGGGCCACAGGGAGCGCCUCUCGAACCCGCCGGAGAAGAGGGGCGCCGGCGGCGGGCCCCCCGCCAAAACCAGGAAGCCGAAGGGCCUGGAGAUCUCCGCCCCGUCCCUGCUGCUGUCCGCCAGCGACAUCGGCUCCAUCGCGCUCAACAGCCCCGCGCUGCCCUCAGGGUCCCUGACCCCCGCCUUCUUCACUGCACAGACUCCCUCCGGGCUGUUGCUGACCCCCAGUCCCCUGCUCUCCGGCAUUCACUUCUGGAGCAGCUUGAGUCCCGUCGCCCCCCUGAGUCCCGCCCGGCUGCAGGGACACAGUUCCCUAUUCCAGUUUCCCACCUUACUGAACGGACACAUCCCCGUCCCCAUCCCGAACCUGGACGGGUCCUCCUCGCCCCUCCUGCUGUCCUCCAGCGCUCAGAAGUCCUGAUUCUGGUCUCUGAGACCCAGCAGGGAGGCCCGACCCUCCAUCUUUCGAGAAGACGACGUCGGCCCCAAAUGUUUUCAACACCCCUCCUCCACACCACCACCACCACCAUCAAUGUUAUCAACUGGGACAGUGUCAGCCUUUUUUUUUUUCCCCCACUGCAUAUCACAAAUCCACCGUCAACGUCCAGUGCUGCAAAGCUGGAGCGAGACAUACAGGUUGUACAUAGAGUAAUUGAGGUCUUUUUUUUUUUUUCUUCUGUAGACUUUUCAGCGAUGUUACUCAUCUCAAUGUCCCCGCCCCCCACAAACACACAUUCGAGUCGAGUGUUAAACACUCCCCGUGUUCUUCUUAGGGUUCUCUGGCCUCGAGGUCCACCUAAGUGUGGCUUAAUGUGACACCACACACAGGCCUCUUGUCCCGACACUGCAGUAGAAGAUCGUAUUCAUCCCGUCUCCUGCCCUUUGGGCACAGAUGCAGCCAUCUUUGUCGUCACCAUGUUGUAGCAAAGGCUGUGUGCCCUGCGGUCACAUGCCACGGACCUUUGAACCUACUACUAUUUGAACAUGAAAAAACUACAGAGUCCCAUCCAAAUUUUACAUGGUUUCAGGACUUAAGUGUCAAACGUUAAGUAUUUUAGGCAUCGUUUUCUCACCAGGAUACCAACAUUCUUCUCUUUUCAGUUUUGACCUCUUUUUAAGGUUUCACCAAAUGUGACACAUUGUGGCCAGAGAACCCACAGUGAACUAGGGGUCAGUUAUUUCUUCUCAUUUCAUAUUUUGAAUUCAUUUUUUAUUUUUUUAAAUAACUCCAUCAGAGGCUGUGAAUCUGGUUGUUCUUAGUGUUGUGUAUUGUAUUGUAUUAUAUUGUAUUGUAUGCACUGUGCUUUACCCUUAGUACCGGCUGUGCCUUCUCAAAUGUAAGAAUUAUGUAUUAUUUUCCAGCUUUAAGAAGAAAAAAAAAACAAACCCAUCUUUUAAGGACGAAAUUCCAAUAUAAUAUUGAAAAAAAAGCUUAUAAUAGCUUUUUAAUUAUUUUUUCAUAAAGGAAUUGAACAAAUGUAUUCUCAUAUUAAUUUUAUAUUUGUACUUUUUAAGAGUCUAGAAAAUAUGCCUAAUGUGGUUUUAAAUAAACUUGAAGCAUUGAAUGCUGCAUAAUA